UAUUUCUGGCGGACGACCUUGGAAAGCUUGAUGACAACCCUAGUAAUAUGUUCCAUUACAGUACAGUAAUUCACGGACUCGAUAUGUUGAAAUCGUGAAUGAUCGCAACGCACGAUCCCGACGAGUUGGCAGAUGAGGUGCCGUGCCGUGACGUUGAGCGUACACAUCGAUCUGACCGCCGUCGUUCCGACGUUGUCUUGCUACAACAACCACCACCGCCACGACAAACCCUAGAUCUGGUUGAACCGCCUUCCCUUGAUAUUUUCCAAGCAGUAUCCGACCCGUGGGUACACAGUCGAUGCCGCCUAGCAACAUUCCGGUCGCGGGCACACCGUACGGGAACGAGCACCAGAGGGUCCCGCUCAAAUACACAAAUCAAACGCUGUCCUCAUUCCCAAUCACCCUGCACAAGGUCCUCAAAGGGAUUGGUGCGGACGUGCGUACUGGGAAUUCUGUGUUUUCUGGCAAACAGGUCCAUCUUCUCCUCGACAGCGAUUGACGCGUCGCAUCGUCUUGGCUGCAGGGUGAGGUUUAUUAAUAUCCCACCUGCAAGCUUCCCUACAAAACUAGGUAGUGUAGUAUUGUAUUGGCUCGCAUCCGGAUCAGCGACGACGGUAGAAUUUGGCCCGAGGCUCUCCAUCAAAUAUUGAUGGGGACGGCCCUGCGUCAUAUUGAGGUGUAAACUUAUUAAGCCCUACAGGAGAUACAGUACCGUCCCUCCAGCACCACCGACGCCUGCCCGCACGCCCGUCGAGUCGUCAUUGUCGACAAAAGCUCCAGCAGCGUAUCAAUGGCGGAGACCGACACCCAAUGUUUGCACCAUAUACCUAUACC